AUGAACAAAUUUUUCAGCAGUAUUGCCAUUGUACUAUCCUUAUUUGCUAGUCUCUAAUAGGUCUAAGCAAAUCUAAUUGAGUAUGAUUUGGAUAGCCCAGAGCACAGAUUAUUUUUGAAGACUAAUCCAGUGAUCAUGAAGGUAGGUGACUAAUUAAGACUAGUGGUAAAUGAAAACCCAACAACUGGUUUUGUGUGGAUCUACAGAUGCCUAGCUAAAAGCAGUGAAGAAGCAGUCUUCAAAGUUGUAGAGGAAACUUAUAGAAGAGAUAUUGUUCCAUAUGAAGAAUUAACGGGAAUGACUAUGAGUGGAGUUGGUGGUACUAAAAUUCUUACUCUAGAGGCUACUAAGAAAGGCUCUGAUAACUUCCAAAUGGCUAAUGCUAGACCUUGGGAAUUCUCUGGCUUUGAGCAGUAUUCAGCUGAAAAUGAUGAUUAUUUCUAUUAGGAUAUCAGGAUAACUGUCUAGUGA